ACAUUGAGCUCUGACCGACACCGAUUCCACUGCUGUUACAAGAUCUUCGAAUAACCUAUCAUGAAAUUGAUUCACGAAUCAGAGGACGCGAAGUUCGACAGAAAGAAUCUCAAACCUCAGGUUGAAAGACGUAGAAGAGAGAGAAUGAACCGCAGUCUGGAGAGCCUGAAGACACUUUUACUGCAGCAACAGGAAGCUUCUCAGCGCAGAGUGGAGAAAGCUGAGAUACUCGAGCACACUGUGCUCUUCCUGCAGAGAACUGCUGAAGAAGACAACACGAGAGUUGGAGAUGCUGCUGGAGCCCAGAAACACUCCUACCAGGACGGGUUCUCCACCUGCCUACAGAGAGCGUCUCGUUUCCUCGGACCUGAUGGGCAAGGCCUGUGGCUCGGAGCAGCACUGGAUGCAUCUCUUGCUGCUCGCGUUUCCAGUUUAGACUCUCAUUCUGCAGGCGUCCAUAGAAGAACCGGAGUCUACUCCUCGUCCAGCUCUCUCAGGAACUCCUCCACGUAUAUUCUACGGAUGCUGAUACACAGGUCCGGGCACAAGCUGCGCACACCUGCCCCCUCUGUGCUCAGUUGUGUUCAGACCCUCGGAGAAUCACAUCGCUCUGCCACAACUCCCCACCAGCCCCGCAAAGUGGCGAGUCCAGCGAGCAAACAGAGCCCGUCUCAGAGCAUCACAGCCGGCCUGUGGAGGCCCUGGCCCUGAUCCAGAAGCAGUGACUCCAAAAACUGAACUUUUAAUGACUCUUAACAGGCCGGUUAUUAUUUAUAAAAGAACAUGUGUUGUUAAUUCGAUUUCAAGGAAGUCUUCAGUGCAAUAUAUCCAACACGAAAUCCUACAUUCUGUUAAGUCUGGCAAUAUGUAAAUACUGUAAAUGUAUUUUGAUGUAUUUUGAUCACACCAAGUGCUGCUAUAGUCUUUAAAGGCUAACUAUGUCACAUUGAUACGUAUUUUUGCACCUUAAUUUAUAUUUAUUUGUCAUUUGCGAAUAAACGAAAGGAAAAAUAAUUGAACAAUGCUAUGUGUUAAUUGAUGUUGCUGGCGCGUGCCCUGAGGAACAUAAGCAUAAGUGUGGACUGGUGCUGCCAUACGUGAGGAUGAGAGGCGCCAUGCAGUGACGUUUCACACAAUGUAACAAGUUGAAUCCUUUGAAGAUCUUUGAUAUGCAUACACGUGGUCAAACAUUAGAAAAAUGAAAUGCAUACAUGUAAGAUAAUAAGCCUUCAAUUAGAAGUAUGUUAGAUACUCAUAUUUA